GGCGGCUGAACAGGCGGUUGUGGAGAAGCUUCAUGGCAUUGGAGUUCAUAUCCCAGAAGGUACACCAGUUCAGGCUGAGGCCGCGCCCAGGCGGAUGGCAGAGGCAGCAUAAGAGGACACCUUACUAUAAUUAGCGCACAAUGUUCCUAACUUGAUGACGCAAUCUCCUUAUGACCUGGUCCUGUAAGCUCAGGCUGUUUCAUUCCCUACUUAACACCGUCUCCCACAUUCACAUUCAAUGGCACCCAUUCGUUUGCGACACCCCAAGGGGAUCACGACGUUGCAGAUCGACCUCGAUAAUGCUCUAGUUCAAGAUCUCCAGCAGGAGAUAUUUGGAGUGUCUGAAAUCCCACCAUCACAGCAAGAACUUAGAUCGGGGUACCCACCACGAUCGCUCACAAUUAUCCCAGAGCUUCCACUUUCGAGUCUGGGAUUAAAGUCCGGUGAUCAGAUCAUCGUAAACCAGAACAUUUCGAGCUCGGUGCGCGCCCCGCCUUCCCCACCCAAGGCCAAGCCAGUGUCUUCUCAGUCACCUCAAGCCUCUUUGUCGCAACCAAAUUCAAGCAGGCUCGCACCGAGGAGUAGCGGUCCAGACUACGUUGACACACCAAACGGCGUGUUAGUGCACAGGAUCGUGCCAGACGAUAACUCGUGUCUUUUUUCGUCGAUCGCCCUCAUCUUUGAGCAAGAUUCCCGCAAGGCGCAAAAGAUACGGCAAGUCGUUGCCGAUGGCAUCCGAGCAGACAUGGAAACCUACAACGAAGCUAUUCUGGGCUUGAGCCGAGAUGCAUACAUCGCCACCAUUCAGAAGCCUGCGACAUGGGGAGGUGCAAUUGAACUUGGAAUCCUCGCCAAGCAUUAUGGCACGGAAAUUGCAUCUAUUGAUGUCGAAACCGGAAGGUUUGAUCGUUUUGAACCUCCAUUAGAGGCGAGCACAGGCAACCGUUGCAUCGUGAUCUAUUCCGGCAUUCAUUAUGAUGCCGCGUCAUUGGCGCCCAUGGCUGAUGCUCCGCCUGAAUGGCAUCAGACUGUCUUUCCGAUCAUUUCCGCGGACGAAGAUGAUCCAAUUUUGUCUGCUGCUAAAGAAUUAGCCACUAUCCUGCGGGGAAAGAAAGCAUAUACUAACACUGCAACGUUUGAUAUCAAGUGUGAAGACUGUGGCAAGGGAUUGAAGGGCGAGAAGGAUGCGAGAAUGCACGCCCAGGAGACGGGGCAUGUACGAUUCGGAGAAUAUGAAUGAUAUCCGGAUUCUUGACUUAUCCAUACCACCACCUUUAUGUCUUAUGUAUUUCACUAGGAAACUGACGCGCGGAAGAUAGUGGAUAUUCACAUAUCGCGAGUGCUACAGAGUUUAGCUUCCUGUAACAA